CAUCCUUCCCUUGAUCGCCCAUUUAAAAAAAAAUAACAAAAGUGUUAAAAAAAAAGAAAAAGAAAAAGAAUAAUCAUUAAACAACCAUGUGUCUGUCACUUGUCUCCCUCAUCAUCCUCAUUCUGUGUUGUUCAUCUUCAACGCUAAUGAUUGCCAACUCACAAACAAUUGUCAAAUCCUUGCCUGGCUAUUCGGGCCCUCUCCCAUUUAAGUUAGAAACAGGGUAUAUUGGGGUGGGAAAAGAUGAAGCAGUGCAACUAUUUUAUUAUUUCGUUGAAUCAGAAGGGAACCCGGAGGAAGAUCCGCUUAUUAUUUGGCUAGCUGGAGGACCCGGUUGCGGCACUCUUCGCGCAUUCUUUUUCGAAAUCGGUCCCAUGCAAAUUCAGUAUGGAAAUUAUAUAGAUAAUGUCCCCGCAUUACAGUUGGACCCAAAUUCAUGGACAAAGGUGGCAAAUGUGAUAUAUUUGGAUGCACCAACGUUAACCGGAUAUUCUUAUACAACAAAUCCAGAUGUUGUGCGUUCUAGUGAUACAGAAUCUGCAAUGCAAACUGCUGAAUUUCUACGAAAGUUUGUGAGGGAUCAUCCAAAGUUUUUGAACAAUCCCAUGUAUGUGACUGGGAUAUCUUAUUCUGGUAUUGUUAUUCCAAUAAUUACAGAGGAGUUGUAUAAAGGCAAUGAUGAAGGACUUGAGCCAAAAGUAAACAUUCAAGGAUACAUGGGAGGAAACCCGUUGACAGACAAAACUGGUGAUAUUAACUCCAGACUUGAAUAUGCUUAUCGUGUUGCACUUAUUUCUGAUGAAUUAUUUGAGGCGACAAAAAAGGAUUGCAACGGGGAUUAUGCUGAAGCUGACAAUAACAAUUUGAAGUGCUUGUCGGAUAUUGAUGAAGUCAACAAACGUGUUGGUGACAUCAAUAUUCAACAAAUUUUGGAUGCUGAUUGCGAUCCAGCAACCAAUUUGGUUAGAGGUGGGAAUCCAGUUGUAAAGGGUAAUCGGAGAACACUACGGGCUAAUAGUGCAAUUCAAAUGCUUCCCGCCCGAUCUGUGUUGAAGGAUAACGUUGUUUGUCGAGGUGCGAACUAUGACUAUGCAACCCUUUGGGCUAAUGAUAUAAACGUCAUGAAGGCACUUGGAGUACGUGAGGGAACUGUGAAGGAAUGGUUAUUGUGCAAUUUGGACAUGAAGUACAACUACGGUAAACGUUCAAUGCCACAAUAUGAAUUCAAUGUCCGAAGUAGUGUUGCCUACCAUGAAAGGUUAACAAAGAGAAAGUGUCGAGCUUUGAUCUUUAGUGGAGAUCAUGACAUGAUGGUUCCGCAUGUGGGCACACGUACUUGGAUAAAUUCUCUGAAUUUGACGAUUACAGAUAGUAAUUGGGACGCAUGGUACACCAAUGGUCAAAAUGCAGGAUACAAAACCUCAUUCGAACGUGAUAACUAUUCUUUGGUAUUUGCUACUAUAAAGGGAGCAGGUCAUACAGCUCCAGAAUUCAAGCCUCAAGAAUGCUUUGAGCUGGUUAAAAGGUGGUUUGCUCAUAGACCUAUCUAAUUAAAUCAGUGUCGCCCAGCUAGCCAUGGUUCAUGUCACUCGAAUGAAGUUUCCAACUAGCUAGGCCGGGUAACUUGUCCUUUUAGACCUUCGCUGGGAUUACGAAUUUGUCAUCACAACGUUGUAUGAAGAAAAAAUGAGAUGGCCAAUAUUCAUUGUAGGUUAUUAUUGAAAAUGCAUAGCUAAUUUAUUCUUUGGUGGAAGUGUGCAAAUGGAUGAUCUUCCAUUCUUGUAUGGUUUUGUACGUUAUACUAUGUAACAUGCCGUCUUUUUAAAGGUGAAUCCGUGAAUAAAGUAAUAUUUUAUGUAUUUACAUUCUUAAAUUAACUAGCUUUAACUAAUUACA